AUGCAGUUCCCAUCAUCCAACUCACUGCAGAAACUUCACUUCUAUGGCUGCCACGGCCUGGUUCUUGAGCAUGUGGAGAAUGGAGGAGGAAUUCAGGAGCUCCAAUCAUUAUCAAUAUUCAUGUGUGGCAAAUUGUUCUGUCGGUGGCCCAUGGGAAUGGGAGAAUCAGAGACCAUUUGCCCUUUCCCUGCUUCCCUGAGGGAACUUGAUGUUGCCGACGAGCCAAGCAUCAAGUCAAUGGCUCUGCUCUCAAACCUCACGUCUCUCACCACUCUAAGCCUAAAAGAGUGCCGUAAUUUAACAGUGGACGGAUUCAAUCCUCUCAUCGCAGUCAAUCUCAUAGAACUGCAAGUGCAUAGCUGCAGCACCUUAGCAGCAGACAUGCUCUCAGAGGUGACCAAAUUAUUGCCUGCGGGUUACAUCUCUAGAUUGGAGAAACUCAAUGUGAAUAACAUCUGUGGCUUGCUUGUUUCUCCUAUUUGCAACCUCCUCGCCCCGACCCUCCACACUCUUGAAUUGGCGAGGAUGGAAAGCUUCACGGAAGAGCAAGAGAAAGCGCUGCAGCUCCUCACCUCCCUCCAGAAUCUAAAAUUUUCCUAUUGUGAGCAUAUGCAGUCUCUCCCUCAAGGGUUACAUCGCCUUUCUUCUCUCGAGGAGUUACGUGUCGUUUCGUGUCCAGAAAUCCGAUGGAUGCCCAGGGAGGGCCUCCCGGUUUCGCUGCGAAAACUAUAUAUGAAUCCUCACAGUGCUGAGAUCGACGAGCAAAUUGAGAAAAUCAAAAGGACAAACCCAAAUUUAUCCGUCUCUUGA